UCAGUUUACUUCACUCGCUCGCCUUGAUAGCACGUGUUCUGUUGCGUCUCUGUGCAGUCUGCGGUCUGUGGUUUUGUCAGUUCUUUGGUGCAUUCAAAAGUGCAGUGUAAAAAUAAACGCGAAAUACGGUGUGAUGCGAGGUUGUCACCGUCUGACGAUUGCGGAGCGGCAUUGGAAGUUUUCGGUGUGAAUUGUGGAUACUACUAGUAAAAGAACGCAACUGUUCGUUGUCGUUUUUGUAGAGUGUGCAAAAUUUUGUGUUGGUCCUGAAAGAGUGUGUGCUCCUGAAAAGGGAGUGAGAGAAAAGGAAAAAAUUCUAAAGUGUGAUCUUGUAACUCGAAAGCGAAGAAGAAUCCAGUUCGAAUUAAAAGCUCUGUGUGGAGCGAGUGAAGCGAAUCCGAAGACAUAAAUUAGCGCAAUCAGCUCAGUUUCGAAGCCGAGAGGCCGCAGAGCGGAGAACCAAGUUCUGUUUUCAAGAUCUUCAUCAAUACUAAGCGCAUUUAAUCAACCACAGAUAUGGCAAAUUUGAUCACAGUUCGUCUGCAGCGAGGCGAAGGCCAGUCGUGGGGAUUCCGUCUCCAGGGCGGCAAGGAUUUCUCCUCUCCACUGGUCCUGCAGCGGGUAAACGGUGGUAGCGUCGCCGAUCAGGCCGGUCUGCAGCCAGGUGAUGCACUGAUCAAGGUUAACAACACCGAGGUGUUCAACCUGAGACACAAGGAAGCACAGGAUGUCAUCCUCGCGGCAGGAAAUUCCUUCGAACUCGCAGUCUCCAGAGGCACCGCCUGGAGGCCAUCGGUCACCCCAACCGGAUCUCUCCCAUCCCCAUCACCAUCGCUACCCGGACACAUCACGCCGGUGACCAAGACCUCUCUGGCCGCUACCCCACAGCCUGUGCAGCACAUCGGAAGCGGUCACAACCAGGCAGCCAAGCCGUUCGCUGCGGAAGUCAAUGGCAGUGACGGACAGGUCAAGAGCAUCGUCAACAAGCAAUACAAUACACCGGUGGCCAUGUAUAGCGACGAGACCAUUGCCGAAACUUUGUCCUCUCAGGCGGAGGUUCUUGCUGGUGGUGUUCUAGGUGUAAACUUCAAGAAAAACGAGCGUGUCUACUCGCCGGCCAAUUCAGAGGUCUACAAAUUGCUGCACGAGCAGGGCAACGAACCAGAACCAGUCGAUCCACCCAAAGCAUCACUAUCAGCCCACCAGCAACAGCAACAGCAGGUCCAGCAGCAUCACCAGCAACAACAACAACAACAGUCCCACACUAACGUCGUUACACGGCACGUCAGUGCCCCGGUCGAUAAGCCACCAUCGGCCACCAACGGUAUUCCAGCUGGCCAAAACAUUUGCGACGCUUGCGAUCGUUUGAUUGUUGGCGUCUUCGUGCGCAUCAAGGAUAAAAAUCUGCACGCUGAUUGCUUCAAGUGCGCCACCUGUGGAACUUCGCUCAAGAAUCAGGGAUAUUUCAAUCUCAACAACAAGUUGUACUGUGAUAUCCACGCGCGGCUAGCGGCCCUCCAGAGCCCGCCGCCCGGUACCAACGGAAUGGUGCCGGUCACGAUCACCAAACCUGGACAAAAAUCUGGAGUUCAAGCCAUCUCAGCUGCCCUCAAUGCACAUGCCAACCUGAACGGGCGUUCACAGCCACUCCAAUCGACGACACUAACCGCGGCGCUGCCUGCAACAAUCACGAUCAACGGCUGCGGCGGAAGCAACACUCAGUCACCGUCACACUCCCGAUCGAGCAGUACCACUUCGUCGAGCGGUUACUGCAACUCGAGUUCCCUGUCGCCGGUUCAGUCGAACAAAGUAUCUCCGCUGCAUUCGCGCACCAGCAGCGAGAACGAACUUAUCCUCGAGCCUCCUUCGUCCAACAGGGCAUUCACCGUUCAGUGUGAUUUUAAUUUUCCGCCGCCCCCGCCGCCGUUGCCGCCAGCAUUAUCUGCACGCGCCAAAAUGGAGCACCUGGAGGCAGCCGAGCUGCAACAACCUGCAGCAACAUUCGGAGCCAAUGGGCUGGCCGAGGCUCCCACCGAGAAUUCGACGGAUAGCACCGACAAAGGAUCGGUUACGCAAAAUGAGUAUGGAUUUUUCUACAGAACAAUGGGCGGAGCUGUGGUCCGCAGUGUAUUCCCUCCAGGAGGUAGUUCCCGCUACAAGAACCAGAACAACAUUACUCCGAAACCAUUCGGGGCUCCGCAGCCCGUCAACGUACCAGCCUCCUAUCCACCGGUAGCGGGAAGUGUUCCAACUCCAUUCUCCGCCGCCAUCGCUAGCCAGCCUCAGGCCCCUGCUCCGGUUUCAGCACCGGCCCCGGUUGCAGCCUCAUAUCCUCCGAUGACCGCCCCAGCUCCUGUGGCUGCUGCUCCAAUCGUGCCUGCUGCUGUCGCACCAGCACAACAAGCCGGUAAUGGUAACGCGAUCGACACCAAACCGGACGACGAAAAUGAACGAAACGAAGAGGAAGAACAGGUACAAAAAGAGCCAGAAUCUCCCGUUCCUAUCUUUUCCUGGCCUCCGAAACGCGUCGAGGACGUUAUCACUCCUACCGCAACUCCCAUCUAUGUCCCGCCUCCGGAGACGCAGCGUGUGGUCAUCAAACCGGUCCCUCCGCAACCCACGAAGGUCAAAGAAUGUAGCAAAUCCCCACCGGAAGAGCAAAACGACACGGUGGUGGUCAAGAGUGUACAGAGCAAAUCGGCCCCGGAGUUAAGCCGAAGGAAAAGUGAUGCUGUCCAAGAGCAACAACAUGAUGAGAUGAGUUCCGAGGCGUACACCGCGACGACCACUUCGACAUCGGCGUCUUCCGAGGAGUAUCGAAUGUAUUCAACCCAAACGUCGCAACCCAUUGUAACCUACUACGAUACCCCGAUCAUCGAAAUGGACUACCCGUUUUCGUCUGGCCAACCAAGUGCUCAGGCAAGUACCGGCGCAUUGUCGGAUGCAUCAUACACUCAUUUCGUAUUUCGUGAUCCUCCACUCGAGGAAUCGCUACCGCCAUCCGUCGAACCCUCCAUGGAACCGGAACCAGAGCAGAUCAAAGAACGGGUCAAAGCUUCGCUCGAAGUGGCAAAGCCUCAAAAGCAUGUUGAGUUUGUGGACUACGGCAGGGAACUGGCGCACUACUUGAGGGCAGAGCAAGCUGCGAGGGCAGCUGCUCAGCAGGAAAAUCAUGUUGAAAUAGAGGAGGUCACCGAAGAGUUCACGGUCCCGCGCUAUGAGCUACCAAUGAUCCAAUCGCCCAAUCCGGGUAGUUAUCUGCCCAAGAAAAUUGUUCCCAAUCCCGUUCCGAAGCAGUGGCAAAGCAAACUUGUACAAGCCCUGUGCACAGCACCCAAUGAAUCGAUUCGUUUGACCGACGAACAAAUUGAGGAAGCCAAUUUCAUGAAGUCUCGCAAUGAAGCGUACGUGCGAGAGCGAGAGGAGAAUAAGUUGCGACAGUUGGAAGCGCUCAAGAGGCAAGUUGAUGCUAUAGAACGUCGUCUGGCGAAGAAAAAUGAGGAACCUGAGCCGGAACCUCAGCCGUACCCACCUCUGGAUAUACCCCGAAAGGGUUCCGUGAUGGCUAGAGUGUUGGCCAGCUCGACUACCAAAGCGGAACGGUUUCCGAAAUACCUUCCCGCUCCCGUUGUACCGCUUCCCGCAGAUUCCGCGCCUUAUUUCCCACCGCCGCACUCGAUGGAACCGGUUCGGAGCGAGAAAAUUUCAUCCUUUCGCGUAACCCCCCUUCUCGAUGCCCUUACUACAGCGCCUUAUACCCCGUUUCAGGACUUUGGUCACGAGGUACCCUCGCAGAUGGAAGACAUGCCGGUUCCUUCUGGUCGUAUAUCGAUGACCGAUGCACUGGCGACUGCCCCGGAACGGCCCUAUACACCGUUCCGCGAGGUGAAGUUCGAACGAUCCGAAAUGUAUCAAGAGUUGCUGCAUGAGCAACCCUCGAUUCAGGUCGAUCCGGAGGCGAACUUCUCAGCAUUUGCCAGUGUAGGCGGUAAUCGAACGCCGGUUCCAUUCAAGCCGAUCGUACCGGAAAUACGAGAGGAACCAUGUGAACAACAAAAAUCUGAACCAGAACCAGAACCGGAACCGGAACCGGUGGAAGAAAAGAAGCAGGAAGAAAUGUUGAAGCCAACGGAAAAACUACCUCCGUAUCCACGGAAGGACGCUGGAUCCGAACACUACUCUCUGGCGCCUAAAAGAGAAAGCAAUUCACCGCUCCACCAUCCUGCGGAAAUACCGACUUACCAGCGCAAGUGGUAUAAUCUACCCACGCAGAACCCUCCACAUACCCCGGAACCAGAAGAACUUCGACAAAAUGUACCACUAGCGUUUGUGGAUACCCAUUCUAAACCACAUCUGAAGAAACCCAUCGCACAUGCUGCAAACGGAACAGAGCCGGUCAUGCUGAGGAAAAAGGCGUUCACCACAAUCCAAAAUCGUACCGUCCCGGUUGUACAGACUGCCAUAGAGGAUGAUGCUGAGUUGGCGCACUUCAACAACGCUCACUCACGGCUUCAGUCGAAGGGCGUGAUCGAUCGUGGACAGGCGUUUACACCGUCGUUGAUUUUGACGAAACAUCCGACCACUAUUCCCUACUACCAACAUCAGCUAGGUUUCGAGGAAUAUUUUGCGGAAUCGAAAGAAUUCGACGGUCGUCGCACACCUAAUGCGGUUCGCAAGUCCCCUGCCUUUGGACCUCCUCCGAAUCCACUGAAGAGUUAUGUUCCCCCGUCGCGCGAAGGAAUUCCCAAUGAGUCGGGGCUGUAUCUGUCGAUGGGCAAACUACAAGGUGUACCAUGGUAUGCCAACAUGGACCAUAUUCCGUUGGAUAUUCAACAGAAAAUGCAAGAGCAACAUCAUGGUCUCGGCAAAGGACACGACUUCACACGGCAGCAUAGAUCGGUUAGCUACCAGGACAAACCUGUGACCGUCCAUACUGAAAUGCAUGGUGCUACCACUGUUCAAACCCGAUCCAAGGAGAGUGCAAUGAGAGAGCAAGCGUCAGCAGAAAGCACCACCAGUAGCGCCAAACAAGUGGGAAACGCAUUGAUUCAGAAACGCACCAAAGUUGUUGAAGAACACGAACACACACAAGCGGCGAAAACUAUCGAGAUCGCGAAAUUUUCCUCGAAAAUCAAAGAUGAAGAAGCUCCACUGAAGGGUUAUGUAGCGCAACAAACCAGAAGAUUCUCAGGCCAGGAUGAUUCGCUGAACGUACCGCAACAACUGCAGCAGCAACAGCAACAGCAGCCGCCGCCAACAGUUCCAGAACAGUAUGAACCUCAACCGCAAGACGUUAAACCCUUUCCUCAAAAUAGUGCUCCGCCAGUGUUCAGUACCUUUCCCUCGGCAAACCCCUUCGCGGAACCGAUCGUAGACAGAUUCCCAGCUAAGAGCGCACGCAAAGCAAGCGUACUUGUAUCUAGCACGCAACUACCUCGCUCACCAAAUCCAUCGUCCAAUUUCAAGGCUCAAUUCAAUGAGUUCAUGGUUGGAAGUGGCUCUAAUCCCUCAUUGCCUGCCCGAAAGGAAGAAGACAAACGCAAAGAAUUAACACAGUCAUCCCGGCCGUCGCAACCGCCAUCAAUAACUUCUAACUCUAACCCUAACGUUGGCGCACAGCCUCCUCUGAAGCAACCACUGAUAUCCGUUCCGGAGCAAGCGGCUCCGGCGGUGCCCAAUGGGCACCGAGCUUCAAUUAACGGCACAAAUGGCUUGAGCAGCAAUUCUAGCAAUCGUAGCAGUCGAAAACAUAGUUCUGAUCGAUCUGGUGCUAGUGCAGGUUCCGCCGCGAUGAACAAAGGACGGGCUGCUUGUUCUACAACCGCUCCAACCCGCGGUCGUGGUGUCAUGAAUAAGGCUGUUGGACCCGGAGGUCGUGUUCCACUGUGUGGCUGUUGCAAUCAGCAGAUCAGAGGACCCUUCAUCACCGCUCUCGGUCGCAUCUGGUGUCCGGAUCACUUCAUCUGCCACAACGGCAACUGCAAGCGUCCACUGGCCGACAUCGGUUUCGUUGAGGAAAAGGGCGACCUCUACUGCGAGUACUGCUUCGAAGAGUUCCUGGCCCCGGUCUGCAGCAAGUGUAAUACAAGAGUAAAGGGUGAUUGCUUGAACGCCAUCGGCAAACAGUUCCACCCCGAGUGCUUCAAGUGCACAUACUGCGGCAAACUCUUCGGCAACAGCCCGUUCUUCCUGGAGGAAGGUGAUCCCUAUUGCGAGGCCGACUGGAACGAGCUGUUCACUACCAAGUGUUUCGCCUGUGGAUUCCCCGUGGAAGCCGGUGACAAAUGGGUGGAAGCUUUGAACAACAACUACCAUAGCCAAUGUUUCAAUUGCACCAGCUGCAAGAAGAACCUGGAGGGACAGAGCUUCUUUGCGAAGGGUGGUCGUCCGUUCUGUAAGAACCACGCUCGCUAAAAGCGAUCGAGCGUUUCUUUGGUUGUAGCAGAAUUCAAACACCACAGAAGGGUCACCUGUUUCUACGUUUCUCUAUUGCACAUAACUUGUUUAUUUUCUACUUUCAUCAUUCACGAAGAACAACUCAUACAAAACAACAACUUCUACCAUUUGAGAGACACCAAAUUCAUUAAAAAUCAACUAACAGUGCUUUGAUUGUGUAUGAAUAUAAUUCACUAACGUCGCGAUUACAACGGUCGAAAGACAGAGGUACAGAGAGAGAGAGAGGGAUACUGGAAAGUGAUCUCCAGGAGCCCAUAUUUGUUAUAGCAUAAAAGCUGUGCGCUUCGAACGUGGUUGAGAAAAGAACUAUACAGCAUCUUAAACAAAUUUUCAAUGAAUAGAGUUAUGGUGCAGAGCAAGCGAACAAAAAGCAUGAAUUAUUUCAACCAUUGGGAAGUACUAGAGGCCGAUUUGGUUGAAAUAAUUCACAGCACUUGUUCCUGUCGCUAUAAUUCGUUAGCGCUUAUUAUGGGAAUGAAUGGAUUAUGGCGAGGAAAUGUUUCGAGUUAGGAUUUUACUGUGGAACAUGUUAUUGUUUCUAGUUUUUCAUAAGUGAAGAUGCAAAAUUUUACUUUGUUUUAGUCUUGAAUGAAGAACAUGUAUAAAGAAAAGAAAGCAAUAAACGCUUUAAGGUUUUUUGUUACUCAAAAUUUACGAAAUUUAGAAUGAGAUAGACGAAAGCUUAUUUAGUACGGAAAGUUUGUUAUUUUAGCAGGGCAGCAAACAUUAAAAACUGGAGCAAAUUAUUUACAUAGGAGAAGAAGGCAGCCAUAAAACUAUUUUAGAAUCGCUUGAAUUUGGCCAGAAGGUCGAAAAAAGAGCAUAAAACAUAUGUCGAGUAAGUUUUGUCGUGUGAUAACAUAUAAAAUCGUUUCUUAUUUAGUCUUAUCUAUGUUCAAGAUCGCAAAAUGUAACAAAUUUAUUUAAUUGGUCAGAUGAUGGAGGACCGAGGUGCGGAACUAUUUGAAAGGAAAUAAUCGUUGGCAUCGCUAAAAGUCGAAUGCUCAUAAUUCAAUCUCCAUAUGAAACGAUGAAUAUCAAGAACAAUUGUAAAAACGUACGAGAAGAAAGAGAGGUUAUGUAUAAAGUAAA